UUUUCAUGACGUUGGUCCGUUUUGGGCAGUGUAGUUGAGAGUGUGUAGUAUACAAGUUUUGUUUGUUGUUCGACAUGAUCGAAUUAAUGGCACUUUUCAUUCGUUGUACCUGGACUAAUUGGUUCAUAAGAAACUAUGAAUACUGUGCAUUACAAUAAAUCUUUAUACAUUAUCAUUCCCAAUACGAUUAACUUCCGGUUUUCUGAAAAUUGUUAUUUGAUUGUGGCAUGAUUAAAUUGCUUGGAGGUGACGUCUAUGGCCGAACAAGCUAGUUCCGCGUUUGGUAACGCGUCUUCUAUAAGUACCAGGAGGGGAAAUAUAGAAGGAAAUACUAGAUACAGAAGUGGUUCUCGUAAAGAUAGUAAAAAAAGUACAAAUAAUCAAGAAUCAGAUUCUGUUGUAAAUACAUCUUGUACUGAAAUACCCAUUGUGAAUGAAUCUUCUGUAUCUGUUCAAAAUAGUCGUAAAAUUAAAUCAAGUUCUAGAAAUACUCGAACUAGUAUUUCUAGUUUAUUAAUUCAAAAAGAACCAGGACCAAGUAGAAAAUCUACAUCGUCAAAAUCACCUAAAUUAAAAAAAACAAAAGGGAGUAGUCCUACUGAAAAUAGGUAUCCGUUGCGUAGCAAAUCGAAAGUAUCUUUACGUUCUCAAGAAAGCACUAUAACUAACAAACUUUCUAUCCAAGAAAUAGAACCUUCACCAAAUAAACGUCCUAAAUUAGAACUCCCUACACUGGGUGCGUCAUCAAGUAAAAAUAAGGAAGAUAAUUUACGCGCAUCUUUAUCGUUGCGUAGGAAACGCGGAAGACCAACAACGGGGUCUUGUGCCAGUACUAGUCGCCGCGGUCAUACCAAAGCGAGUGGUAGGGAAGGUGUAGAAGUGGCUAUGGAAGGAGUGGUUGAAGGGGAUGGAAUAGCUGAAAGCAGCGAGAAUCUAAAUUUAUUACCUUCCACGUCUAGUUCAAUAAGUACUAAUGUUCCUGACAUGGCAACAUCAUCAUCCACUACAACCAUCACUAAUCCUUCUUCUUCUGGCACACAAGCUACUGGAGGUGGCGUAAACUGGCCUACUGCAUGGAGUAGUGGAACUACUAGCCAUGAUAGUGAAGAAGAAGGUGAAGUUGGACGUUUACAAGCAUUAUUAGAAUCGAGAGGAUUACCGCCUCAUUUAUUUGGAGCUCUAGCUCCUCGUAUGCAUCAUUUGUUUAAUCGAUCCAUGGGAGCUGCUUCUACUACAUCUAAAGCUCAACAACUACUACAGGGAAUGCAAGCUACAGGAGAUGAAGGGCAACAACUUCAAGCAGUUAUUGAAAUGUGCCAAAUGUUAGUAAUGGGCAAUGAAGAUACUUUAACUGGAUUUCCAGUAAAGCCUGUAGUCACCGCACUAAUAGUUCUACUUUCUAUGGAACACAAUUUUGAUAUGAUGAAUCAUGCUUGUCGUGCAUUGACAUAUAUGAUGGAAGCACUUCCACGUUCAUCAGCUGCUGUUUUGGAUGCUGUUCCAGCUAUGUUGGAUAAACUGCAAGCGAUCCAGUGUAUGGAUGUGGCUGAACAGUCUCUGUCUGCUUUAGAAAUGCUUUCUAGAAGACAUGGUCGUUCUAUAUUACAAUCUAGCGGUGUGGCUGCUUGUUUAACUUUUAUAGAUUUCUUUAGUAUUAAUGCCCAACGAGCAGCAUUAGCUAUAACUGCAAACUGUUGUCAAAACAUGAAUUCUGAUGAAUUUCAUUAUGUUUUCAAGUCAUUACCAUUACUAUCAAGUCGUGUAACUCAACAGGAUAAGAAAAGUGUUGAAAGUGUUUGUUUAGCAUUUAGUCGUCUUGUUGAUAAUUUUCAAUCAGAUCCUAAUAAAUUAAAAGAAAUAGCAAGUGAUGAAUUAUUGACUAAUCUUCAGCAAUUGGUUGUGGCAUCCCCUCCUGUUAUGAGUACAAGUACAUUUAUUAUGGUGUUAAGAAUGAUGUCAACAUUAUGUACAAAUUGUCCAGAAUUGUCUCAAACUUUACUAAAGAAUAAUAUAGCUGAAACUCUAGGAUACCUUCUUACUGGAUCUCCUUCUCCAGAACUUACCCAGAUUGAAUUGCUUCCAAGAAGUUCACAAGAGUUAUAUGAAGUUACAUGUCUUAUUGGUGAACUUAUGCCCCGAUUGCCUGCUGAUGGACUAUUUUCAGUUGAUAGCCUUCUUGAUAGACAUGGUAUUUAUGGUGCUAUUCCAGGAUCAGGAUCUUCUCAACAGAUGGUACAAUGGCAAUGGAGAGAUGAUAGAUCUAUGUGGCAUUCUUAUACAUCAUUAGACUCAAGAAUAAUUGAGGUUGCACAUCAAGCUGGUGAAGAUGAAGUUUUAUUAAGUCAUGCGCCUUACACAAUUGAUCUCCAUUCUAUGAGACAAAUUAAUGAAGAUACUGGUACUACACGACCUAUUCAACGUAAAGUCUUGACAGUUCCAUCUUCUUUUAAUAAUAAUCAUCAAACACGAUCCACGUCAGAUGUAGAUACAGUAGUUGCAUCAUUUGGUGAAAAUGAACUUGCUGGAUCAUUUGUACGAUUACUUUUCAGUAUAUUAUAUGAAGUUUAUAACAGUUCAGCUGGUCCUUUAGUCAGAUAUAAAUGUCUUCGUGCAUUAUUGCGUAUGGUUUAUUACUCUCCUGCAGAAUUACUUUUGAAGGUAGUAACACAAAAACAAAUGGUUGCUAGUCAUAUUGCUGGUAUGAUGGCUUCUCAAGAUUUACGUAUUGUUGUUGGUGCAAUGCAAAUGGCUGAAAUUUUAAUGCAAAAACUACCACAAAUUUUUGAAACUCAUUUCAUUCGUGAGGGGGUUAUGCAUCAAGUUAAACAAUUAGCUGAAACUGAUAUUCAAACAUCCGUUAAGUCUUCACCAUCUACUUCAAAUGUUGGAGUAGAAGGAUUACCAGGACCAUCUAGAAAUACUCCAAAUGAUAAUACUUUUAUUCAAUGUCCUACUCCUGUCGAAAAUGGAAAUAAUGAAGUUCAAUCAACAACUAAUAGCUCUGUAGUUGAAACAAAUAUUAUUCCAGAGGCAACUGUUUUAGCCCAAGUAGCUCAACGUUGUUCCACAAAUCGGAUGUCUGAAGUAUUUAAGCGAAAUAAAAAACACAACAAAAGGCAAUCUGCUAGUGCUGCUCGUAAAAAAGGAAAUCAAGAUAAUGAAAUAAAUGAGGUGCAAACUAUGGCUAGCAGUAGUAGCAGUGGUAAUAAUCUUUCACCAACUUCUGCUCAAGCAAUAACAUUGCAUGAAUUUUUUAUAUCCAAAGGAGGCAAUACUGCUUCACGAGCAGUUGGUGUUAAUUCGUCGUCAAGAACUCGUUUUUCUAAUUCUAAUUUUAAAUCGACUUCAGGGUUUUUAGCAUCUUUGAAUCCAGCACGACUCCUACGAAGUACUGAGAGAGCUUUUUCUAAAGAAUUAAACAAAAAUGCCAAUAUGUGCAACAAUGGAUCAACUUCUACCUCUGCAGCAUCAAAUAUCAGUACAGUAAACAAAGAAAAGGCUAAAUUGUGGGUAAAAGAAAGGGCACAACAUUUUUUGAAUACUUACGAUAAGAGUAUAAAAGAUAAAGAGACGUAUAAUGAAAACGAAUUAUCUGAAAGUAUUUUAGUGCGUCUUACAAAAGCUAUUAGUAAAUUACAAAAUGAGGAAAAUGAAGACAUAAAUGCUCUUUUAGAAUUAAGAGAAAUUGUUCUCACUUCAGAUAUAUCACCAUUUGAAGUAAAUCAUAGUGGAUUAAUUAAAUCACUUACUGUAUAUUUAACUGAAAUAACAUUAGGAUUGGAUCAUAGAAGUGAACGUUUACGAAAGUUUUUACAUGUAUUUGCUGGAUAUCCACUUAAUCUUUUUGAUCCAUUUACACCAAAAACUCAUGAUAACAAGGAUACUCGGCCAUUUUCUGCAUUGAUUGGAAAAUUAGGAAGUUGUGUCUCACAGUUGGAACAAUUUCCAGUAAAAGUUCAUGAUUUAUCAACUGGUGCUGGAAAUAGUGCUUUAAAGUUCUUCAAUACACAUCAACUUAAAUGCUUAUUACAAAGACAUCCUGACUGUAAUAAUUUGAAACAAUGGAAGAGUGGAACUGUUAAAAUUGAUCCAUUAGCUUUGGUUCAAGCAAUUGAAAGAUAUUUAGUGGUAAGAGGAUUUGCUCAUAUCAGAGAAAAUAAUCAAUCUAAAUCAGAUGAUGACAAUUCCGAUGAUGAUAUUGAUGAUACUUUGGCGGCAGUUGUAAUUGGUCAAGGUUCUGCUAGACAUAAACUACAAUUUCUUAUAGGAAACCAUGUACUUCCUUAUAAUAUGACUGUAUACCAGGCUGUUCGUCAAUAUGCUACAAGUAGUGAUAUGGAGACUGAUAAUGAAUCUGAACUUCCAUUGGGAUCUGCUGGAAUAUGGGUGCAAACACAUACAAUAUAUUACAGGCCUUUACCUGAAGAUACAGAAGUACAUUCGCCUAAACCUACUACUAGCAGUUCUGGUAAAAAAGGAAGAUCUGGAACUCAUAAAAGUGCCUCUAAAAGAGUGAAAGAUGAAUUAUGGUUAGAAGGGAUAGUAUCUCCUGUUAAGUCUUCACUUGAAUCAUAUCUUCAACUUUCAUUGCCAGAUUAUGUUCAGAUUCAAGAUCCUUCAUUACCUGUACUCAGCCUUUUACGAGUUUUGAAUGCCAUUAAUAGGUAUUGGACAUCACUUUACCCAACACAACUUCAUAAUAAUUCUAUCAUACCAUUUAACGAAUUUAUAAAUGUUAAAAUAUCAGCAAAAGCAAAUAGACAACUUCAAGAUCCAUUAGUUAUUAUGACCGGAAAUCUACCGGGUUGGCUUCAACAGGUUGCUUCUGCAUGUGCAUUCUUAUUGCCAUUUGAAACUCGACAAUUGUUAUUUUAUGCAACUGUAUUUGACCGAGACCGUGCAUUACAACGUUUACUUGACUCCAGUUCAGAGCUUCAAGGUGCUGGAAAUAAUACCAAUGGUGACAUGCAUGAACGUGUUGCACCACGUCUAGAUAGACGUAAACGUUCGGUUACUAGGUCUAACAUACUUUCUCAAGCUGAAGCUGUGAUAUCUGAAAAUGCUACUUCACGAGCUUUAUUAGAAAUUCAAUACGAAGAUGAAGUGGGAACUGGUUUGGGCCCAACUUUAGAAUUUUAUGCAUUAGUUUCAAAAGAGCUACAAAAAGCUGAUCUCGAAUUAUGGAACAAUCCUUCUAAGUCUGAAUCUGAUUCUUAUGUUUAUUCACCUGAAGGACUUUAUCCUAAUCCAAUAUCACGAACCACAAAACUUCCACAUCAAGUAAAAAUGAAAUCAAAAUUCAAGUUCUUAGGAAAGUUUAUGGCUAAAGCUAUUAUGGAUUCAAGACUACUGGAUUUACCAUUAAGUAUUACCAUGUAUCGUUGGUUAUUAGGCCAUGAAAAUUAUCUUUCUCUUAGUGAUCUUUCAUACAUAGUUCCUGAUGUGUACAAAACUUUAUCAAAACUUCAUCAAUUAGUACUCGAAAGAAAAGUAAUCCUCAUUGAUGAAUCUCUAAAUGAUGAAGAAAAAACUGAAAAGAUUAGUAAAAUUACUUUAGAUGGAUGUUCAGUUGAAGACUUAGGACUUAAUUUUACAUUACCUGGGCAUUCCACUGUUGAACUACGUAAGAACGGUCAAAAUAUAGAUGUUACAAUUGAAAAUUUGGAUAAAUAUAUAGAGCUGGUUUGUCAUUGGUUUUUGCGUGAAGGUGUUUCAAAGCAAAUGGAAAGUCUUAGAGAAGGUUUUGAAAGUGUAUUUUCUCUUAAACGCCUUGGACAACUAUUCUAUCCAGAAGAGUUAGAAGCAAUAUUUUGUGGGCAUAUAAAUACAACUAAAAACUGGGACGUGCGUAUGUUGUCAGAAUCUUGCCGUUUAGAUCAUGGAUAUACAGCAAAUUCUAGAGCUAUUGGUUUUCUCUUUCAAAUAUUAUCUGAAUAUGAUAAUCAGCAACAAAGAGACUUUUUGAGAUUUGUUACUGGAGCUCCUCGUCUUCCUGUUGGAGGUUUCAAAUCACUUUCUCCAGCAUUGACAAUUGUUAGACGAAUAUUUGAAGAUAAUGAUAAUCCAGAUGAUUAUUUACCAUCCGUCAUGACAUGUGUGAACUACCUCAAACUACCAGAUUACUCCAGUAUAGAUAUAAUGAGGAAAAAAUUACAAAUGGCUGCUUCUGAGGGACAACAUUCCUUCCAUCUUUCAUAAUUGCAGUUUACUUUGUAAUACAGUAUCACUUAUCAAUAAUUUUCUUUUUAAAUAUAAACCAUUUUACAAGAUAUAUUCCAAUAAUAUUAA